ACUUUGCUCCAUGCUCCUGGGAAACAAGUCAGUGAUUAACCACAAGGAACUCAAGCUGACAACACACCUGGGACAAGGAGGUUUCGGAACCGUGUAUGAAGCAAUCUGGCUCGGUCACAAGUUUGCAGUGAAAGUCUUCCCUCAAGGUGACAAGAGCUUCGCCAAAGAGCUCGCGGUUCUCGAAGCGGACAAGCAUCCCAACGUGUUGCACAUCGCCGGCCAGUCUUUAGAUGAAGAGAAGCAGCGGUACUCGCUGGUGAUGGAGAAGAUGGACAUGGACCUGGCAAACUACGUCCUCAAGAAGAAGAAAUCUCUCCCGUUGCUGUCGAUCGUGGCAGUGAUGCUCCAAGUUGCUACUGGCAUGACGUGGCUUCACUCGAAGAAUAUAAUCCACCGGGACCUCAAGCCGCAGAACAUCUUGGUUGGCGAAGAAGACAACGAUCUCGUGAGUAUCAGGAUUGCCGACUUUGGAGUCUCGAGGCCCGAUUUCAUCUCCUCCCUCAUCAGCAAAGCCACCGCCAAGCAAGGCACCAGAAACUUCAUGGCACCAGAAGUGUGGACCAGCGAGCGCUACACGAAGAAGGCCGACGUUUACAGCUACGGGAUGCUGAGCUACCAGCUUGUCACUGGAAACAUUCCGUUCAAGGUCGGGAUGGACAUGGAGCAAGUCCUUCGAGGCGAGCGUCCUGAGAUACCAGCCACCUGUCCAGAGUUCCUGUCGCAGCUCAUGCGGGAAUGCUGGAGCCACGAUGCAAAAGAGAGGCCUUCCUUCUCGGAUAUCUGCGAGCGGCUGAAGCAGCUCAAGACCAGGAUCAUCACUGGCACUGACUCCAUCGAUGAGUUACGAGCCAAGUUGGUUGCAGCAGCCAGGUCAUCUUCCUCUUCUUCGUACUCGUCGUCUUCCUCAUCCUCGUCGCACAUCAUGAACCUGGAUUCUCCUGUCCAAGCACCUGAAGGGCUUUGGACCCAAAAUCCUCCAUCUCCCGUUGUCCAGGUAAACUCUUUUGCUUUAUGUAACUUCUGGAGCUCACCACCUUUGGUUUCAGCCGGUACCACACCGUCCUCACCAAGUCGCACCACCAGAUCAAAGGACCGAGCCCUUCGAACUGGUAAAGUACAGCCUCUUCAUAAACGCCUUCGAGAAAGCUCUGUCCCUGAACGAUCCUUCCACGGUCUGGUGGCUUUGCACCAAGGUAAUCCAUUCACGUCCUCCAGCUGCUCAUCAAAGCUUUGUCAGCUCAGGUGGAGCAAAGCGUCGUGCUCCUCUUCAGUGACUCAAUGCUCAUGGAAGUGGCCGAGCAAAUCAACACCAACUUCAAGGAAGACACUGCUCGCAGGUUGCUCUGGUUCGCCGAGAUCCUGUUCAUCUUGCUGUACGUCAACGUCAAUGGACAGACAUCACCUCGGAUGCAGAGGAUCUUGGAGGAGCUUUCACAGAACCUCCACGGCAUGAUGGCUAUAACACCGUCAAAGAGCGAGCUGGGGAUGGAGCUGGCGAACGUGCUGAAAAGAACCAACGUGGGUCUUCGGGUUCGUAUGAAGCUCUUCGUGUUAUUCGUUUGAUUCAAAUCGUUUGUCGUCGCAGCGUAUCCGAUAUGGGAACAAACUUCAGAAGAAAGGGAAAAGAAAACUGUGAAAUAAAAAAGCUGCGGAACACCGGUAGUUUCUGAGUAUUGAGAUGUUCUAAUUUUCUGCCUGCCAAAAGUAUCAACCAUGCUUCACGAAAGAACCAUAAAGAACUUACCAAUUCCCAUUCGUAACUUCGUC